CGCGCAAGAUGGCGGUGUGCAUGGUGAAUCGCAUGUGUGGCACCUUGAUGGGCACCGGGAUCCUCAGGGCGACAUCUGUCAGGGGUCCCGGGUACAGUACGGGCCUGGCAGUGUCACGAUCAGUUCCGGCGACCCGAGGCAGCCGCUCGCAGCAGAAGAACCUGUUCAGGAGAGAGCCUGCUCCUCCAAGGACAGAGAAGAUGUUUCCGGACCAGGAUUGGUGCAGUGUUUAUCCAACAGCAGCCCCAUUCAAGCCAGCGGCAGUGCCCCUCCCUGUGCGCAUGGGGUACCCUGUUAAAAGGGGAGUCCCACCGGAGAAGACUGGAAACUUAGAGCUCAUCAAGAUCCCAAACUUCCUGCACCUGACACCUGUGGCUAUCCGAAAUCACUGUGCCACACUGAAAGAAUUUUGCACCCAGUGGCCGUCUGCUCUCUCCAGCGAUGAGCUGUGCGAAAAGCAUUUUCCAAUCGAAUUCCAGACUGUGGAUUAUGUCUCUGCUGGUCCUUCACUCCGGAACCCUAAAGCCCGUGUGGUAAGCAUGCAGGUGAAUCUGUCCAGUCUCAAUCUGGAUGAUCAUUCCAGGAAGAAGCUUAUAAAACUUGCAGGAUCGAGAUACAAUGCAGCAACCGAUACCCUUACCCUCCGCUCUGAUAGGUGUCCAGUAAGGAGACAGAACCGGGACUACAGUCUCUACUUGCUGACUGUCCUGUAUCACGAAUCCUGGAAAACGGAAGCCUGGGAAAAUGAGAAAGAGGAGAGGGACAUGGAGGAGUACGUGUGGGAAGGGAGCAGAUCAGAAAAGAACGCCCUAGAAACCCUACUUAGGGGGAGAUUCAUUUCCACUCCACAAGAGCAAAUUCUGCAGAACCCUGCUGUGCAGCAAUACCGCAGCGCAAUGCUGAACCUGUGCAACCAAGGAGAGCAAGAGGAGACUAUUGAGCGCUACAAGGAGAGUGUAAAGAGCAUGCUGGAAAUUGCAUGAUACCCACAGAUACCCAGGGUGUGUCCUGGACAGAUGCAUCUUUGCAGGCUGCUUUACCGUUAAACCAACCAUUUGGGGGGGGGAAGUCUCUUCAGCUGCAACUUCUGGUUGUGGAUACAGACUCCACCUAGAGGUCUGAAUGCACACUGCAAUUACUAGUUCUAUCCCUAUGAAAUCCCAACCCGAAUAAAUCCUGCAUAUAAUGAAUUUUCCCCUAAGGAUGAAGGGGACAGCUGUUGUAUAUUUCCUUUUUGCCUCCCUGUUUAUGGCUGCAACUAGAAAUCCACUGAUCUAAAUAUUGUAACAAAUAAGAUAAAUAAAUGUUUUUUGCAUUAUAAAAAA